AUGGCCUCCGACGAUGUGCAGUUCCCGACCUACCCCGACAUCAAAGGGAAGGUCGUCUUUUUGACCGGCAUCGGCCAAACCGGCGACCAGAGCAUGUGGGGCAACGGUGCCGCCACGGCGCGGAUUCUUGCCCGCAACGGCGCACGCAUCUUUGGCUGUGACCUGAGCCUGGCCGCCGCGCAGCACACGCAGUCCCGGAUCCGCGCCGAAGGCGGCGAGAUCGAGGUCGUGAGCGCAAACGUCACCCAGGACGCGUCCGUCCAGGCCGCCGUCGCAGCGUGCCUCGCCGCCUAUGGCCGGAUCGACAUUCUGGUCAACAACGUCGGCCGCUCGGAGCCGGGCGGCCCCGCCGACAUGGCCGAGGCGAUCUGGGACGCGCAGGUGGACGUCAACCUCAAGUCGGUGUACCUGUGCUGCCACCACAUCCUGCCCCACAUGGAGAAGCAGGACGGCGGCGCCGGCGGCGGUGUGGUGGUCAACGUGGCCUCCAUUGCCGGCCUGCGCUACAUUGGCAAGCCGCAGGUGGCCUAUGCGGCGACCAAGGCGGCCGUCAUCCAGUUUACCAAGGCGACGGCUGUGCUGUAUGCGUCGCGGGGCGUCCGGCUCAACGUCGUGGUGCCGGGCCUCAUGGACACGCCGCUCGUCGGACUUCUGGCUGACAAGUACGCCGGCGGGGACCUGGCCGGGUUCAAGGCGAAGCGCAACGCCGCCGUGCCGAUGGGCCACAUGGGCAGCUCGUGGGACGUGGCCAUGGCGGCUGCGUUUUUGGCGUCGGAGCAGGCACGCUACAUCACCGGCCAGCCGAUUGUCGUCGAUGGCGGCAUUACGUCGUCGACGGGUUAG